GGAGGGCAGGCAGUCUCCAUCUGUUUUGUGACAGUGGCAGUGAGGGUGCUUUGGGUCCUUCACAGACAGAAGUGGAAGUCCUCGCUCUCGUGCUGGGACAGUCUACAUGUUGCGGAAAGAUGAGCCGGCCCUGUUCCUGCAUCUCAUUCUGUUGGAUGUAUUUUGCUGCCUCUGGACUCAGAGCUGUCGAAACAGCAGAGGGAAAAUACGCCCAGAAGUUGUUUAAUGAUCUUUUUGAAGAUUACUCCAAUGCUCUGCGUCCGGUAGAGGAUACAGAUACGGUCCUGAAUGUCACACUGCAGAUCACGCUCUCUCAGAUAAAGGAUAUGGAUGAAAGAAAUCAGAUUCUGAUAGCCUAUCUGUGGAUCCGCCAAACCUGGCAUGAUGCAUAUCUCACGUGGGAUCGAGAUCAGUAUGAUGGACUGGACUCGAUCAGGAUUCCCAGUGACCUGGUGUGGAGGCCGGACAUUGUCCUGUACAACAAGGCUGACGAUGAGUCCUCAGAGCCCGUGAACACCAACGUGGUCUUGCGGUACGAUGGGCUCAUCACCUGGGACUCGCCAGCUAUCACCAAAAGCUCUUGUGUGGUGGAUGUCACCUAUUUCCCCUUCGACAGCCAGCAGUGCAACCUGACCUUUGGUUCCUGGACCUACAAUGGCAACCAGGUGGACAUAUUCAAUGCCCUGGACAGUGGAGACCUCUCUGACUUCAUCGAAGAUGUGGAAUGGGAGGUCCAUGGCAUGCCUGCCGUGAAGAACGUUAUCUCCUACGGCUGCUGCUCGGAGCCUUACCCAGAUGUGACCUUCACUCUCCUUCUGAAGAGGAGGUCCUCCUUCUACAUCGUCAACCUCCUCAUCCCAUGUGUCCUCAUAUCAUUCCUCGCUCCUUUGAGUUUCUAUCUCCCAGCAGCCUCUGGGGAGAAGGUCUCUCUGGGAGUGACCAUCCUGUUGGCCAUGACUGUAUUUCAGCUAAUGGUGGCAGAGAUCAUGCCAGCCUCAGAAAAUGUCCCACUGAUAGGUAAAUACUACAUAGCCACCAUGGCCUUGAUCACCGCCUCCACAGCCCUCACCAUCAUGGUAAUGAACAUCCAUUUCUGUGGGGCAGAGGCCCGGCCAGUGCCACGCUGGGCCAAAGUCGUCAUCCUGAAGUACAUGUCCAGGGUCCUGUUUGUCUACGACGUGGGCGAGAGCUGCCUCAGCCCCCGCCACAGCCAGGAGCCACAACGAACCUCGAAGGUCUAUAGCAAACUCCCCGGGCCCGACCUGAAGACACCCAGAAACAAAGAUCUUUCUAGAAAGAAGGAAAUAAACAAACUCUUAAAGAACGACCUGGGGCGCCUGGGUGGGACCCCCCAGAGUGCUGACAGUUACUGUGCACGCUAUGAUGCACUGGCGAGAAACAUCGAAUACAUCGCCAAGUACCUCAAAGAGCACAAGGCCAGCAACUCCAAGGGCAGCGAGUGGAAAAAGGUCGCCAAAGUCAUAGACCGGUUUUUCAUGUGGGUUUUCUUUGCCAUGGUGCUUGUCAUGACCGUUUUGAUCAUAGCAAGGGCAGAUUAAGAGAA